AUGAAAAGAAAGGUCGGAUUGAUAAUUGGAUAUAAUGGCGAAGGAUACCACGGUCUUCAGUAUAAUAACGACUUAAAGACUAUAGAGAAAGAAAUAAUAGACAUUCUUCUAAGAAAUGAAUGCAUAACGGAAAUAAAUUCAAAGGACCCACAAAAGAUCGACUUGAAGUCAUGUUCAAGAACAGACAAGGGCGUACACGCAUCUUUUAACGUAGUAUCAGUUAAAAUAAUACAAGAACCCACAUUGGAGCUGUUUGAAAUUCUGAAAAGAGAAUUCUUAGAUAAGGGAAUGAUCCUUUAUAAGCUGAUCAAACUUCCGAAACGGUUUUUAGGGCAUAAAUGCGCAAGAAGUCGCAUUUACAAAUAUGUUCUUCCUACAUAUGUCCUCCAAGACAGCAAUUUUGAAGAGGAGUGUAAAAAUCUUGAAAUCAAAGAUAAAGCAGCAAAUGACAACAAUGAAGAGAGUUCGGAUGACUGUUCUGAAGAAAAGGCAAAGCCAGCUAGGACGUACAGCAAAAGCGAGUUGGACAAAGUACGAGGAUGCAAAUCUGAUUCAAUCGAUUUGUUCACAAAAAUGAUGAACUGUUAUGUUGGAACAAAAAACUACCACAAUUUUACAUUGAAAAGAACAGAAGGGAGUGCACAGAGAUUUAUAAAACAAAUAACGGUAUCAGAGCCAUUUUUAGACAGUGAUGUUGAAUAUAUUGAAAUUAAAAUUCAUGGACAGAGCUUUUUACUGCAUCAAAUUAGAAAGAUGAUUUCGUUUGCAGUUUUAAAUUGCAGAUAUGCCAGAAACAAUUAUCAAGCCAACUUUGAAAAGGCCCUCUCCAAGGAGGAUGUUCACAUACCAAAAUGCCCUUCCCAGUAUUUAUUUUUAAACCACAUAUUUUUUGAAGACUUUAAUACAAAAAGGUCUGAACAGGGGGCUGAAAAGAUUGAAAUUAAUGAGAGUGACAAAGAAGUGUUUGAAAAAGAGAAAAUCUACCCCUCAGUUCUCAGACUAGAAAACAUUUAUGAAUGGUUUAAAUACUUGGAUGCUGUUAGAUUUCACCAUCAAAAUUUUGACAUAUUUAAAAAAAUCAAUCAACUUAAUAAAUAG